AUGGAAGGAUGCAUGGGGCGGGAAGAGGAGUUGCUUGAAGAAAGGGUCAAGAAUAUGAUGUAUGCUGAAGUGUCUGGAUGUGUUGCAUUACUGCUGGCAACGCAUGCUGCCUUACCUCCUGAGCUUUACUGGAAGUCCAUGUUUCCCACUACUCCCAUUCCUAAAUCAUUGGCACAUCUUCUUCCCCUCAUGUCAGGUUAUGGCACCACCAUCCAUGGAGGGACCGAAUACAGACUCGAAGAUAGAUCAUGCUUCGACUAUUGUUAUAAGAACAAUGGGAAAAAGCUAGACGAUAACGCCAACACAGCUCUUUUCUUCUUGGAGGAGGACUUGAAGGCUGGUCACAAAAUGAACUUGCUCUUCAAGCAAGCCUCCAACCAAGCAUCCUUUUUGCCUCGUGAAAUCGUGAAAUCCAUUCCCUUUUCUUCAAACAAGUGGUCUCCCCACAUUAUAAAUAGAUAUAGGUGGUCGAAGGAACUCACACCAGAGCACUACUCUCUUAAUGUUCAUUAUUCCUAUUUCUCUCUUAGGAGUAUCUGCUACGCACCUUAG